CAGCUCUGUUCCAAGUCUUCCCCCAGCCGCGUCCGCUUGCGGGAAGAUUAUCUCAUCUUAACGCUAACAAUCGUCUCGCAGCCGCAACCACAACGUCGGCGAUGGCAUCCGCGGCGGCGGCCGACGAGAAGCCCUCGGCCCACCUCGCCCACCCUCUCCUCGGGCAGCCCCAGCAUCCGCACCCCUGCUACGCCUACCCCGCCGCCACCUACGCCUACGCCCCCGCACCGCCGCCGCCGCCGCCUCCCCCGACGCUCUUCGUCCUCCCUACCUCCCCCGUCUUCGUGCGCCUCCGCCGCCUCCGCCCACGCCGCAUCCCCUGCAUCCGCCGCUUCUGCACCCGCACGCUCCCGCUCCUCCUCGCCCUCGCGCUCCUCGCCGGCCUCGCUUUCCUCCUCUACCCGUCCGCCCCCGCCGCCCGCGUCGCCGACAUCCGCCUCGACCGCUUCCGCGUCAACCCGCCCCCUCUCCCCGCGCUGGAUUUCAACCUCGCGCUCCGCCUCCGCGUCCACAACCCUGGAUUCCUCCUCCCUCUCCGCUACCGCGCCGUCUCCUCCGCCGUCUCCUACCGCGGCCGUCUGCUCGGCUCCGCCACCGCGCGCCCUGGAUCCGGCGAGCUCGCGGCCAGAGGGGACACGUAUGCCUAUUCUGAGGUGUGGGUAGACGCCGGGAAGGUGCUGGAUGACGUGAUCGAGCUGAUUGGCGACAUCGCCGCUGGGUCUGUGCCGCUGGAGAUCGUCACUGAGGUGAUCGGCGCGGUCAGGGUGUUCCGUUUUGACAUACCCGUGAAGGGCCUCAUAUCGUGCUCAGUGAAUGUCAGCCCAGACACUCAGAGUAUCAUAAGUCAGGAUUGUUAUUGAGCAGCGAAGCUAUGUCUCUCUUGAUGAGGCAUGAUCGCACAAUUCAUACAUGUAGCUAUUAUCAAAGCUGCAGAGCUGCUUCCAAAUAACUGUCAGAGUAUAUGCUUGUAAAUAGUUUGAAUAUUGUAUUGUACAGGCUGGAAUAAGAGCCCACCUACGACCACUGGUGUAUAUUUAACUCGCUCCACAUAUACAUAAUUUGGUCUUCCAGCGCACAUGAAAAAACAUAAUGGCACAUUAUUUGACAGGAACAUGUAUGGGCUGGAGCUCUUACAGUUUGUCAUAUUUGAAUCGAAGUUGAUAAAUGAUGGAUUGUCAGUGAAUUUGUUUGUAA